CAAACCUUUGAAGGCUCCAGUAACUACCUUGUACCUACUACUACCUACUACUACCUACUAGGUACCUCAAUCAUUGAUGAUAGCAAACUCAACUUCUUCUAAUACCACGAGACGCGAAAACACGAACAAGAUUUCUCUACAUCUCCCUGCUCCGAGUUAUGUUCCGACACCCGACCUAGUACACAAAUCAUUAUCAGGUAAAAGCCACCUUGCGCAAGGGUCAACAUGUCGUCGUCCUUCUCUCUACGACCUUGGCCCGUAGGCGACAAGAAACCGAAGACUCUGGCCGAGUUCAUUGCACGAGUCAACGCCCGACCAGGAGGAUUUCGGAAUCUGUCUGAGGCUAAAUUGCGCGAGCAAAUUGCUGCUCAAGAGAAUGGCCGUAUGGAAGUUGAUGAGCCCUCGGACUCGGACCCAGAAGACGAAGAAGCCACUGUGGAUAAGCCCAAGGAUGCGAUGGUCGCGCGAGAGGAAUUCCUCAGGAAUAUUGAUUCCGCCCACCAAUCCUCUCUUCUAGUCCUUGACAUGGUUUCCCUCCUGAUUAGCAAGGAAAAGCCCACCGUAGCCGAAUCGACCUUAUCACCGACCCUUCGAGAAAUAGCUGGCAUCGGUACGCUAGGCGCUACCAAACUAAAGGAUUCAAACAUCACCGAAGCGCGAAGGCAAGAUGAUAUCACUGUCGCGACGGGAUGGAGACUCAUGGGUAUUAACAAUAUGGUCGAUUCUGUGGUAUUAGCUGCGGAAAAGUUAGAGAACGAAAUCCAUCGAGAAACAAAAUAUUGGGCGGAUGUCUUGGCUGUCAGCGAGAGUGGGUGGAAUAUCUGCGCCCUCCCCCACGAGCCACAUACCCUUGGUGUUCGGUUUGGGUUUGCUGAGGCUGCCCCUGAAUUCAGGAAUAGCAGUAUAGCCCCCCUAAGACGGAAUGAUGAUGGGUCUAUUCGUCUAGACCUUGGCCGUGUUGGUGGGGGCUCACAGAGAAUUCGCAUUACUCGUAAGAAAAACGGAGUGAUCGUAGACCAGUCGCCUUUGCCGGGACGGAUACCCGACGAUGCCCCUUUACAGGAUCGGGUACUGGAGGCCAGAAACACGGCGUACCACCAGGAGCUAUGGUACGAAAUCAACCGAGAAGCUCGCACUCUCCUUUCUUCGGAUGUCUAUUCAGAUGCAUCUAGCAUCACGUGGAAGCAAGACUCGGAAACAGACAUUGUCUUCACCCUCGAAGACUUGGCCGAGCCUGACAAUGCAAAGGAGAACAUAUCCGUAGUUCAACUUUGUUGUACUACUUACUACGUCUACAUGCAGUUCCUAUUAUUCCAAGGACAUAGGCAAAAUUACCACAGGCGUACCACAUUGACACAGCUUCCACCCAACCGCGGAACUUUGCAACAACCAUAUGCUAUCAUUCGCGCGGUGGUCGCAAACACGGGGUACUACAGAGACUGUAAAAUCAUGACCGAUUUCUUGGAGGACCUAGUAUUGACAUUGCGACGUGCUGGCAUCUCAACAGCUUCUUGUAAAUCAACCUAUCAACCUCUUGUCCCAAUACUCCAGCAGCUGUCCACUCGUCGCAAUCCUAAAAUGGAACUUAACUUCAUUAAUCAUCUCGUUGGCCGUCUCGAGUCCAUGUACGAACUAAAUAUUACGCCUGAAGCACGAAUCUUCAUACGAGGACGUAUUGCGAUCGUCCCAUUUAUUGGCGUGCUCUUCGGCAUCUCUCUCACGCCUUUCUCUGCAUACAAUGCUAGUGCCGCGGCUAAUCCUAACAACCCAAACAACAACAGCGGAGAUGGAAACGCCAAUAAGCCCGCCACCGAACAAGUGGGGGGACAAACUCCAUUCAAUCCCCUGGAGAUAUCAUAUCCUCCAUCUGACCCUGGGCGAGACCCUUACCCCAAUGUUAGUGAGGCCACUUACUAUAUUAAACAAGCUACAGUUCACGCGGUCGCCCAGAAGCUAGCAGACGAGGCAGCGCAGCAGAUGGGCAGAGAUGACAUCGACUGUGCAGACACUGUCCGAGGGUUCGGGAUCACAGACCGCGACGGCAGAGAGGCAUACAUUGAGAUAACGCCAGACGAGGUAGAUCAGCAGAUGGUACUCAGGCUCUGUUCAUACUCACAGCGGCGCAUUGAUGGAAACGUACGUGUCCACCGAUGGGCGUGGAGGGCUGAUCAGGACGAUAAGACCGGCAGGAAUAUUAAGCAGGUACUGCGUAUGAUAUUGCGAGGGCAGAGCUAGAGGUUCAUCGACCGGAAUUUACGUGGUGUGCCGGAUCCACGAUAUCGUGGCGGAAAAGGAAGAGGAAAUGAAGAGCUAUGGUAGCUUGUACCACCACCUGAUUGAGGCGAGGAAAUAAAACUAGGCAGAUUUUAGGUGGGCUUGUUGAAAUGAGUCGUAUCCGUGGAUGAGUCAGUCAGUCAUGAAGUGAGGGUUGGCUAAGAUACGUACAUGCCUACCUCCUAGGCACUUACCUAGGUAGGGAUAUAUAUUCUCAGUCCGCCUGGUUUUGAGCACGAUAUGGCACCUAUGGUGGAUGUUCUGGUUUACGAAGGAAGAUCCCUCAAGUCUUCAUCUUUACCUAGUACUAACGUUAAGACAAAGGUGGUAUUCAAAGGAAGGUUGUUGGUUCAUUAAUAAAGAAAGAGUUUAAUAAAGAAAGAGUAAUAGCUCUAACCGACUAGCUUUGUAAAGCAAUACAGACUAAGGGCCAACUCCUUUUAAUUGAUGUACCCCCCUCUGGCGCUGCUGAAAUAGGUUCAUGCUAGGUAGUUAUCCCUACACCCCGACGAUCGUGGUAGAUAUUAAUACAAGCUUUAGA